AUGGAAGAGGAGCCCGAGUGCCGCAUCUGCCGCGACGUCGCGUACCCGGACGCUCCUCUCGUGAAGCCGUGCGGCUGCCGCGGCUCGCUCGAGUUUGUGCACACCAAGUGCCUUCUCCGCUGGCUCAAGUACUCGCACGGCGCUAAUCUCAACUCUGCAGUCUGCAGUGUGUGCCAGCAACCCUUUCGCGGGCUCCGCGCCCCCGGCCUGCUCUCCUACCUCCUCAGCUGCCUGCUCGGCCGCCGGCGCUGGAGCGGCGCCGACCUUCGCGCCGCCGCCUCGCGGGGGUGGAGGCACCUCCUCGAUGCUCCCGACUGCGGCCACCUCGAGUGCCUGGCGCUGCGGUGGCUGCUGGCGCUGGGCGCGCUGCAGCUCGCCCUCUGGGAGGGACAGAUCCUCCUCCUCCUCGCCUUUGGCUUCAUCCGCGACGCGCUCUCCCUCGACCGGGCGCUCGACGAGGCGCGCGCUCUCGAGCACGGGGGGGUGGGGCGGGGGGAGGGCACUUGA